UGAGACAGCAAAAAAGAAAAAGAAAAAAAAAGAAAAAAAAAAAAAAAGGCUAACCAUCUUUCAAUAAAAUGCUUUGAAGGCUAACCAUCUUGCCAAAUACAAGGCUUUGAAGUUUGAUAGGAAAGGUCCUAAGAAGGGAAUGGAGCAACCUCAUGUAAUUGUCCAUCCUUUACCAGUUCAAGGCCAUAUCAAACCCAUGUUAUGCCUUGCACAGCUUCUUAGUGAAGCUGGCCUUUACACAACAUUUCUCAUCACCCACCAUGCUCAAAAGCGCAUGGCAAACCUCCCUGCCCUCACUACCCAAUUCCCAAAUAUCCAUUUCGAAUUCAUCUCUGAUGGCUUCCCGAAAGAUCACCAACGAGAUGUGAAUUCCAGUUUCUUCAACGAUAUUAAAAUUAAAACCAAGCCACAUUUCAAACAAUUCCUCCUCUCCCUUAAAAAGAAGAGUGAGAAUGGCGCCUCUCCUCCGGUGACUUGUAUCAUAGCAGAUGGAUAUGUGUUUUAUUCGUUUGAAGUAGCAGAGGAGUUGAGACUUCCUAUUUUCGCAUUUGUUUCCCAUGGUGCUUGUUUCUUGCAAGCGUAUCAUAGUAUUCCAUUACUUAUUCAACAAGGUCACCUUCCUUUUCGAGAUGAUAACAUAAACUACCAAAUUCAAUGUGUGCCUGGACUCGAAGGCCUUCUGACGAGCAAAAAUUUGCCUCCUGUAUGUUUGUUGAAUUUAGAAGCAGAGAACUCUUUUUUUCAGGAGCAUGUCAAAGAUAUUCUCGGAAUGAAUCGAUCUUCAGGUGUUAUAAUCAACACCUUCAAUGACCUUGAAGUUCAAUGUCUCCCACAUGUGGCAACCCACUUUCAGAAGUUUUACACAGUGGGACCUCUUCAUGCAUUCUUGAAUUCUAAAAUCGGAAAGGACUCCCAUUUGCUCGCAUCUCAUGCUUCUCUUUGGAAAGCAGAGAAAAAGUGCAUCGAUUGGCUAGAUUCACAGCCAUUGAGAUCUGUACUCUAUGUAAGUUUUGGGACUUUGGCUAGAAAAUCGAUUUCUCAAUUGCUUGAUUUUUGGCAUGGAUUGGUGGAUAGUGGACACAGAUUCUUGUGGGUAGUACGACCAGACGUUAUAUUGGAAGAGGAAGGAGAAAAUGUGAUAAUACCUGAACAACUUCAAGUAGGAGCUAAAGAAAAUGGAUAUAUUGUUGACUGGGCUCCACAAGAACAGGUAAUGGCCCACAAUUCUGUCGGUGGGUUUUUAACCCAUUGUGGUUGGAACUCCAUCUUAGAGAGUAUUAUAGCUAGAAUUCCAAUGAUAUGUUGGCCCCACACAGGUGAUCAGAAUAUCAAUACUGAUCUUGUUUGCAAAGUGUUGAAAAUUGGGAUUGAAUUGGAGACGUUUAAUAGGUCGUCCGUGAAGUCAACAGUUGACACGUUGAUGGGAAGCAAAAGGGAAGCGUUUCAGAGGUCGGUAGAUAGGAUUGCAAACUGUGCACAGGAUGGCAUUGGACAUGGUGGAUCUUCAAAUCACAACCUGGAAAUGUUGGUCACAGAUAUUAAGAAAAUCAAAACAGAAGAGCUAAAGGUUCAUCUUUAAUAUGUUUUGUCUUACAUGGAGUGAAGAAUCUGUUUGUUGUUCAUCAAAGAAUGAAGAUUUUUAAGCCAGGUUUAAUAAAGCUCUUUAUUAUUAUUA